AUGAUUUCCGCCGACGCAGCUCGUAACAUCGUCGGCAUCAUUGGCAAUGUCAUCUCCUUCGGGCUCUUCCUCUCCCACGCGCCGACGUUGCGGCGGAUCUGCAAGGCCAAGGACGUCGAGGAGCACAAGCCGGACCCCUACCUGGCGACGGUGCUCACCUGCAUGCUCUGGGUCUUCUACGGCCUCCCCAUCGUCCACCCCAACAGCAUCCUCGUCGUCACCGUCAACGGGAUCGGCCUCGUCGUCGAGCUCGUCUACCUUAUCAUCUUCUUCAUCUACUCCACCAACAACAAUUAG